CUCCAUCUGAAUAGAAAGACUGAGUUGUGGUCGCUGAAAACCAAGCUUCAAUGGAGGAGGACAGUGGUUUCUCAAUGCUAAACGACGACAUCGUGCUCGUGGUUUUCGCGAAGCUGGAAGACGAUCCACGUCACUGGGCUCGCGUGGCCUGCGUCUGCACAAGAUUUUCUUCUCUCAUUCGCCACUUCUGCUGGAAGACUAAGUGUUCCCAAACCCUCCCUUCACUCCUCUCUGAUUCCCCCGCCACCUGCGCCUCCCUCCUCAAGCUCGCCGUCUGCUGCCCCGGCCUCCGCCACGCCGGCAUCGCCGCUGAUCGGGACGCCUCAAAAAACCCCAAGACCUGCCGGAAACCGCAUUUGGCUCGCGGGAAUUGGGAUCUGAGGAGGGAGCAGGGCUGCAAGCUUCUGGCGCGACAGUUCCGCGAUGAUUGCUUGUACCUCUGUGACUGGCCUGGCUGCGUCCACCCCCACAAGAAGCGCAAGUACAUGCUCUUCAGAGGGAUUUUCAAGGACUUCAAAACUACCCGCGUUUGGACAAGCCUCGACGGUGAUAAAAGAAAGAAACUUCCCGUGGAGUGUGCGUUUUGCACGAGCCGAUACACUUGGGACCUCCACUCUGCUUUCUGUCUCAGACGAGGUUUCGGGUACCAAAUUGACGGGGAACCUGUUGUUCGAGCUUAUGUUUGUGAAAACGGUCAUGUCUCCGGCGCUUGGACCGAUGUCCCCUUGUUCUCUUGAUUAUCUUUUUUUGCUUUCUUCUGCUUCUCAACAUGCUGCUUUUGUUAUUUCUUUCAAUAGAUACAAAAAUAUUAGGAGACAUAA